AUGGUCGAUCGGCUUGCUAAUAGCGAGGUGAAUGAUCGGCGAAUCUCGAACGUUGAGUCAUGCUUUGGCACGAGCGGGCAGAGGCUCCGUGUGCCCGGCCGGGUACUCGUCGGCGAGGGAGUGCUUGUGAAAGUGUGCAGAAAAGACUCAAAGCAGAGGCAGUUCUUUCUCUUUAAUGACGUGCUCGUCUACGGCAGCAUCGUCAUCAGCAAGAAGCGCUACAAUAAGCAGCACAUUCUCCCGAUUGUCCACUUGAAAAUGGAGGACUUAAGUGAUGAUGGGCGACUGAAGAAUGGGUGGCUCAUCAAAUCGCCGUCGAAAUCAUUUGCCGUGUAUGCCGCGACGCCGCUCGAGAAACAGGAAUGGAUGAUGCAUAUUGAUAGCGCCAUCAAAAAUAUGCAAGCGGGGAAUACACAAGGCUCGCCGGCGACGGCCCCCGUUUGGAUUCCUGAUAAUGAUGCGUCAAAGUGCAUGGUCUGCGAGCGGACCCAGUUCAACUUGAUUCAGCGUCGGCACCACUGCCGUAAUUGCGGGGCCGUGGUGUGCGGUGGGUGUUCCUCGCAUUCGUAUCAGUUGAGCUCGGUGGGCAAGCGGCCGGUGCGGGUGUGUGAUCGGUGCUUCAACAAGCUGAUCGCGGGCAAGGCGAACAACCCGAACGUCGGGCCCCCAUCUGAUCAACUUCCGGCCGGCGAGGACGAUUCGGAGAGCAGCGGGGAUAGCGACCAGGAGUCGGAGCCGGCUGUGCAGACGACGGCGCCAACAUUCUACCCGGAGCGA